AUGGCGGACCGAUCAAACCACUCCAAGAAGUGGAAGGGGGGUGGCAAAGGAGGAAAAUGGCAGAAACAGACCAAAAUGUCUACGAUUGAACAUGGUGAUGUGGGUGUCUUCGUGACAUGCGAUAUGGGUAAAGAGAAAAAAUGCCUCAAUGAGGCAAUCGAUCUAUUCUCACAGGCCAUUGAGGGCACCACCGAGGAGGAAGACGAGCCAGACACCGAUGAUGAAGACAUCGAGGCUCAGAUUCAACGGGAGUUGGAGGGCUUACAGCCCAACAAAGAUAAACCCCGUCAAUUCCGGCCCGUGCAGCUGGAGAUGCCAUGUGUUACGUUUGUGCGCCUGGAUCCCUCAAUAGAGCCAGUGCAGUUGGUCCAUCGUCUGUGCAGCGAGGCCUACGCCAACCCAGAAGUCAAGAAGAGUCGCUACAUUCAGCGUAUGCAUCCAGUGACAAAGAUCCAGAAGACCCUGCGUGUGGAUCUAGAAGCUUUUGCGAAAGAAAUCCUGAAACCCUAUUUCCACUCUGGUGGUCCCCCAAAGACGUACGCCAUUCGGCCUUCCGUGCGAGGAAAUGCAAAGCUCAAUCGAGAUAUUGUGAUCAAGACCGUGGCCGAUGCUGUCGGCCCUGAGCACCGAGUGAAUUUGAAGGAGUAUGACUAUAUGAUUCUUGUCGACGUCGCCCACAACGUUAUUGGUAUGAGUGUCGUGGGAGGGGACUAUGAUAAGCUGAAACGUUUCAAUUUGGCUGAGAUCUACAAUCCUAGUCCUAAAGGAGGACCAACAACUCCGUCCACAAAGAAGCCCAAGUCUGAGGGUCAAUAG